CAGUUUUGCUCGAACCCUCGAGCGCCGUGGUCGUGUCCCGUGCUCCCAGUUAUCCCGGCGAAAAUAUAUCGUAUUUUUUCCUUAAUGAAAAAUUGAUGAAAUCGUGCACUUAACGAUUCUACAGUUACGGACUGAAUUAGACUGUGCAUGUUCAAGUACGGUGUGCAAAAAACGAACGGAUAUUAUGUAGGCGACUUUUCCUCACGGUGGCUCUAAACCAGCAAGUGACAUGUUGUGACAGUGCCAGUAUGAAAUCGGACACCUAGUGUUGUGCGAGUGUCGAUAGAUCGAGCGUCGACAAAAUGGCGACUGUCGACAAGAUGGCGCGAGUGUUUGUGGCGCUAGUGCUGCCGGCGCUCGCGGCCGCGGCGGCGCUGCCGGGUGACUCGGACUCGUGUCACCCGGACAAGAUGACGGUGUACCGGAUGGUCCUGCACACGUACUGGACCCGGGAGAAGUUCCCGAAGCACUACCCGGACUGGAGGCCGCCGGCGCAGUGGUCUAAAGUUUAUGGGGUGUCCCACGACCGCUCGUACGUGUUGUUCCGUCUCGGGCGGCGCGUGUCGCCGGCAGUUCGUCAGUUCGCGGAGGCGGGGCGGUCCGACGCGCUUGGUUCGGCACCGGGAACGCUGGACGUGUUCGGCGCGCCCACCAUCGGGAAUGGCGCCGGACGAACUGAAGCGGAGUUCUUUGUUGACGGGAACCAUUCGAGGGUGUCAGUAAUGGCACGAAUGAUCCCGUCUCCUGAUUGGUUCAUCGGCGUCGACAGCUUCGACCUCUGUGUGGACGGGAACUGGCUGGAUAGCAUCACUGUUGAGGUGGACCCGCUAGACGCGGGCACCGACAACGGCUUCACGUUCACGGCGCCCGACUGGCCGACGGCGCCGCAGGGCGUGCCGUACCGGAUCACGUGCAAGUACCCGGCGCACCCGGCCGGCUCCUUCUUCUACCCGCACCUGACGAGACUGCCGCCGGUUGCCACCUUCCAGUUUAUUAAGCUCAGAGAGUACGAAGUCUCCGAAGUGUUCCACCGAAGCAGCGACGAGCGGCGCUAUGACGUCAUCCAACUAGACAAGCACGCCCACAACCACAUCGACGUGCCUGACGGCAACCGAGCCCUGUCCAUAGCUGAGGAAGUGGAGAGGAACGAGGCGCCCCGGAUAUACGCCGACGGGAUGCUGACCACCCCUGAUGCCGGGUACUCGUGGUAUUCCAUAUCGAACUCCUCAAGCCCGACGCUCGAGCCGCGGUCUGCCAACGCGCUGCCCACAUCACCCCCGGCAGACCAGCGCUCAGCCCUGCGCAGCUUGGCAAGACGGUACCGCGCGCGGCGGCGGCGGAAGAUGCGAGCUGAUAACAAUGAUCCAGCCGUGAGGAGGAAGCGGAAAAGAACUAAGCUGCUAGACUGCCGCGUGUCGGACUGGGGCGAGUGGAGCGAGUGCCGCGGCGACGGCGGCUGCGUGGGCUCGGCGCUGCGCACGCGCCGGGUGCUGCGGCGCCCCCGCCCCGGCGGCGCGCCCUGCCCCCCCACCGCGCAGUCCCGCUGGUGCGCCUCCAACUGCACCACCCCGCCCCCGCACGACGACUGGCGGAAUAACCUCACGUAACUCCGCUUAUAUACCCCCCGCGAGUUAUUUUUCUUAAUCGAUGAGACGACGUUUCUUACUGGCCAGUAUGUUUAUUUUAUAUUCAGCCUAGCACGGCCUCCUUUCGAUAUCGUGGCACCGACACUUGCCUGUCUGAAAUCUUUGUCUAUCCGUCCAGAUGUGUUUUGUUUUUCUUAGUUCGUUUGUCAGUUUCCCGGUCGAUGUAAAUUCUUGCAGUGUGUAAAAUAUCGAUAUAAAUGGUGUAACAUAUACUUAAAUAAUUCGGAACGACUGUUGAUGUUCGAAUAGAAUAGAUAGACGUCUGAUACUUUCGCUGUACAGCAUGCUUUGUUGAGAAUUUAUUGGUUUGUCAAUUACCCGUAGGAAAGACUAAGAUUAGGUUAAGCUAUACUCAUUUUAUUUAAUGAAAAUAUUUAGAAGACUAUUGAUUUAAAACAUCUAUGCCUAGUACAAAUUGUGUCUUAUGCAUAUUAACUAAGCAUCUUACUGCAUUUCAAUAUAAUUUAUUUGCUGAUGUUGUCUCUAAGCUAUGACAAUAUACCUACCAACUAAAGUAUUUUUUGGUGAAAAUUACUAGUUUAAAAUACCUAUACAUAUCGUUUUACAAUACUGUAGUAACAAGAAUGCAAGAUAAAGUUUGUGACAGUACUCAAUAAAAUGUAGUCUCAAUAAUAAUUGUAGUGGAUAUAAAGUAAGUCCAAAGAUGCAGCUUUUAUUUUUCAUACAGAUUAAUAUUAAAAUCAAACUUAAUAUUAAAUACCUACCAUGGGUUAUUUAAGCAACUUUCUGAUAAAAACAAUAUUUAUGUACCGAAAUUCAAAGAUAAUCAAGUAAAAACGAUGAAAAUGCAAUUCCAG